UGAUGGGAGAAACAAGCUCUAGAGAAGCAGGGAUCAAUCUGAGCCAUUACUUCCCAUUGUACCAAGCGGUGCAAGAGGGCGACUGGGAGCGUGUGAAGAAAUUCCUAGAAGAAGAACCCGAUGCAAUCAAGGCCCGAAUCAAUACGUCCUUACAAACGCCACUACUGGUAGCGGUGAAGUCCCCGCACAGGAACAAAGUUGUGAAGGGGCUCUUGGAGAGGAUGUCGGAAGAGGAUCUGGAGCAGUUUCAACACGGGACAGACGAGUCUUACACAAGGCAGUGGCUGCUGGGAAUAUAGAGGCAGCCAAGAUGUUGGUGAACAAGAACCCUCGCUUGCCUUACAUCUGUGGUGGUUCCGGCGUUGUACCUCUACGUAUAGCUGCUCUUACGGCCAAUAGAGAGAUGGUAUCUUACUUAUUGAGUGUCACCAAAGAAGACACUGAUCCUACGCCCUUCAUCAAUGAAUUAGGCGUCAAGCUCAUCGACUCACUAAUUAUCGGUGGACUUUAUGACAUUGCUUUAAUGUUGAUUCGGAGACAUUCGGAGUUAGCUGCCAUCGAUUCGCGUCUUCUCAACAGAAUGGCGCUCAAGUUAUCUGCUUUCCCAAGCGGACUAGCCCUCAACUUCUGCCAGUGCUUCAUCUACUCCUAUGUUCCUACCAAGUUGGAGAACUCAGAGAAGUUAGAGAAGCAACAAUGUGGAGGAGACAUAGAAAGUCCUGCCCAGUACUCUACUCCCGUAAAGCUGAGAAUGAGAUUGCAGGCAAUGGUAUGGAAAGUUGCUGAAAUAUUUGUACCACAAAUCAAGCAUGUUCGAGAGAAGAAACAAGAAAAUCAGUACGCUGUUGAGCUUGUCAAGUUUCUUUGCACGGAAGUGGGGAAGCUGGAUCACUUGAAAGCUAAAGACAUGCUUAAGGUGCCACUAUCCACGGCAGCGUGCGUGGGUAUUCGAGAAGUCGUCGAAGAAAUUCUGCACAAGAUUCCAGGUUCAACUCGUCUAAGAUUAGAUGGCAAAUCUGUCUUCCAUCUGGCAGUUUUGAACCGUCGCGAGCAAGUCUUCAACCUCAUCUACCAGUAUGUGGGAUCAACAUUUACAAAAUUAUCGCAGUCGGAUAUAAUGGGAAACAAUGGCCUCCACAUGGCUGGAUAUUUGUAUCCUCAACAGCUGCUCAACCUGCGUUCUGGUGCUGCUGGUGCAGCCUUACAAAUGCAACUCGAAUUACAAUGGUUUAAGGAGGUGGAAAAAUUUGUUCUACCACAAGCCAAAGAAGAUAGAAAUUAUCUCGGACAAACACCAGAAGAGGCCUUCACCGAGACACACAAGAUCUUGGUGAAAGAAGGAGAGCAGUGGAUGAAAGAUGCCGCCAAUUCAUGCACAAUUGUAGCUGCGCUUGUGGCCACCGUCGCCUUUGCAGCUGCCAUCACUGUGCCAGGUGGAAACAACGGUGUCACUGGGCUUCCACUUUUCUCCAAAGAAACAGCCUUUGCAAUCUUUGCCAUCGCUGAUGCCCUUGCUCUUUUCUCCUCCACUUCCUCCUUGUUAAUGUUCUUGUCUAUUCUCACUUCUCGUUAUGCCGAAGAGGAUUUUCUACAUGCAUUGCCCAAUAGACUAAUCAUCGGCCUUAUAACCCUCUUCCUCUCCAUAUUAUCCAUGAUGGCAGCCUUUGUCUCCACUCUUUAUCUUGUUUUUGCAGCUAAAGACACGUGGAUUCUCAUUCCUGUAGUCGUAUUGGCCUGUCUACCUGUUACUUUGUUUGUAUCAUUGCAAUUUCCCCUUCUCAUUGAUAUGAUCAAAUCCACGUAUGGUCCAGGAAUUUUUGGUAAGCAAAGCAACCGUUUCAUCACAUAGACAAAGUUGAAGGCUUUAUAAAGUAUUAAUGUGUGUAACUAGUUGUCGAAUAAUAAUUAAACUUGGUGUAUGUUGAACCCUUUUUUAAGUAUUGGGGUACUUUCAAAUGUUUGGUCUUGGUAAAAUAUAUUGGGGUUGUACUCUUAUUGUCAAUG